UUAUGACCAUUUCAGUUUAAUUACUGGACACCACAGCAUUUUCAUUUUCAGAGCAAAAAAAUAAACUUUUUGAGUACGAAAUUAAAUCGAGUUUCCAGAAAUAUUAAGCAGUCUUGGCUUAGGAUUAGUCUCUGUAGCAGUUAAGAUGUUGCAGGACCUCCUCCCCUUCGCGGUGUAUCAGUGGGGCCGUCUUCACCUAUACCGAAGAAAUGGAUAUGGUGCAAAAGAGUCAGAAAAUCUAUUAAGAAACGGCUCAACUCCGUGGACUAUCUACUCGUCCACUUGGGGGAAGUGGGGGACGUGCUGGUCUUUAAAAGUGAAGGAGGACAGAAGUUUGUACCGGAAUUGGUAAUGUUUGGUGGAGAUAAUGGCGGUGAUUCCGAAAUUUUGAUGGACGCAGAAAAGACUUUAACCUCUGCAACGAAAGGGCCACUAAUCACUCAGACUGCUCUGACGCCGCCAUUCUCCCUGAAGUCAACACAUCCCGUCCCCUUCAUUGGGAAAGGUUCUCCCCUCGCCCGUGUCCACUCAAUCCCGCUUUCUGGAAAUGAUGGACCCGUGGUCAUUCUCGGAAACUCAGAGGAAGGCGGGGUCAAUUGGGUCGUCGUGCAAACUGAAACCGUGGGUCGGUCGCCCUACAUUCCAUCUCUGAGGGAAUCACUGUCUUACAUCGCCCCAUCGAACCUGACCUUGCCCCACUUACCCUUCCCAUCUUUCCGCCGCAUUAUCCAGACCAAUCCAACCACUCCCUCGAUUAUCGCCCCCAUUCCAUCAUCCACCUUCAUCAAUGCGCUCAACAUCCAAAAGGGAAAAGUGGAACUGAGUCUCAUGCUCAUUCCGGAGAUUGGAUUCCGUGUGGAUUAUUCCGGCGGAGCGAUGCGUCCCCCCAAAAAAUUGAUGGACGUCCCCCUGAUCGGGGAAGGCGGGUGGAACUCGAGACGACCAACUUGGAUAGGCAUGGAUCCCGGGAGUGGUGCGUCACGUUGGGAUGCGUCCUACUUUCUGAUUCUCAACUAUAAAGUGUACCCUCUCAAGGAAACGACGGUUUGGGACGAUUAUUCAGAAGAUACGGAUCCCACCACGGUCACGCGGACGUUCGUGGUCAAACCUUCCAAGACAAAAGAUCAGCCAGACCCCUACAGACUACAAGUUGAUGGCCAGGCGAGGGGAAUUUUCCAAAUGGGCUGCUACCUCUCCGACCCGGCCAAGAAUGUGAUGACGUCUUCGGGACAGAUAUACGAAUUGACCUCGGCAGGACAGCUGGUACAGGGCCAAAGUUUCCAACAGGGUUUCGAAACGCUUACGGACAUUAACAUAUCUAAAAAUGCCACAUUGGACGAUGGAACACCGAUCACGAUCCACUUUAAAUAUUCCCCACCAGACAAAGACCAUCAACGGUAUCUCAUCAGCAUCGAGAUCGAUGAUCAUUCUGAUUUGAAUAUAAACGCGACCCGCCAAUUUCGCGAGGAUAACGAUAAACACGACGACAGAUCCAUUUUGUUCAAACCGGGGGAGAGGCUUUUGUACCUUCUUCCACAAGGAAGACUUGCCAUCGGGGGGCCGAACAAGACGGAAGAGAUGCACGUAUGGGUACCCGAAGAGAGGAUUUUGUCGACAAGGGACGAUCCAAGGACGUGGGACAAGCAGAUGCUGAGUGAUCAGGCAGGAAAAAAAUUCGAUUUAAUAUUGAGCAAUAAUUUUGAAAUUAAACGAACCGAUGAAAAUGGACCAAUUCAAUUGUUCAACGGAGCAAAAACGCUAUUCGAUUUUGGGAAGAAUGCAUCCCAACUUAUGAACCAAUACCCGGGUUACCUGGUCUCCACCCAAUCAGAUCCCGCCGUCGUGCUGUACACCCACCGAAUUGGCGGGACCGAUGUCGAGGUCGUCGAGGAAGACGGAAUUCGACGUUACGUUGAAGGAAAGUAUCUUCACGCACAAUCUUCUUCGCAGUUCCUCGUUUCAAAGUUGGCUUCUGGAGACCAGACAAAGAUCGAGUGGACGGGUUGGUUGCCAUGGAAACCGACCGUGGUCGUGAGCCGGAUGGAAAUUCAGGGUGGACCAGAACAAGAUGUGCGGGUGACGAGGCUGGAGUACACCGCGGGACAGUUGACCGCUGACAGGGACGUCGUUUGGAGUAAUGUCACCAUGAUUAAGGGCAACUCUGCCAAAGAAUCGUCGGGAUGGACCGUGUUCACCUUUGAUCAGUACAAAUUUAAUGCGACGUCGGGAUAUGUGCGACAACUGUACGACGGGGAUGGAAAUUGGCUCAAGCAGAUGGAACAGAACAAAAACGAUACACAAAACGGUACUAGCACGACCCAAAAAUUGUGGGAUAAGACGGGUUCCUUCCCAAUUAUGACGCUGACUCCGUUUAAUUCUACCGAAUGCCAAAUUGGAUACGUUGCAUUUCAGCCGUAUGAAAGUUGGGGUGGUGAUUGUGGGUGGCAGUUCAACAACGCUUCCGUUAUCAAUUCCGACGAUGCUGAAACCGAUGCCAGCCUAAUUUCUGGGAAUCAUUAUCUCAGUUUGACCCAUCCCGGUGAAGCGCUAACCUUUGAUGUCCCGCUGGUCAAGGGACGAUCUUACUUGGCGGGAUGUUGGGCGAGGUCGAAGGCACUUCAAGGAGAAAACUCCUCUUUGGAAAGUCCCAUUCUAACCGCCUGGGUCGAUGAUCAAGGUCUCGGUUUCAUGUCGAAAGUCGUCUUCACCCGAAGCACGUGGAACUAUCUGCAGGUCAAGGUCAUCGCAGAGGAACUCCUUCCCUUGUGGGAAACCUUGCUCAACAAAAAAAUCGACAUCGACAAGGCCAACUUGACCCUGAAGUUCCGUAUCGAACCGAGUGACCCUGACUUUGGCGUUGAUGUCGAUUCGUGUCUCGUCGCCCCAUUGUCGUGGAACUCGGAGAUUGCUGUUUUUGACGCAAAAAUGACCCGAGUGUCGGAAAAGGUUUUGGGCGUGUCGGGGUUGGUGGUGAGUUACGUGUACGACGACUUUCUCCUCAGUGGAGAAGCGGUCGUAACCACAGAUCCGAUGGGCAGAGUGACUCGGAUGCAAUUUAACGUUGACGGCGGUAAAACUGGCGGACCUUCUGUUUUAUUGGUUGAAUCGAUGGAUAUGCCAGGCUGGAUCCACUCUUAUGGGACUAAUACGGUCCCAUCCGGUCAAACGUUUGGACGCUACGGUCUGCUGCACAGUAGCGAUGACGAAUCUAGUAUCGAUAUCUUUAAAGAUGGUACUCUUCCGCCGGACAGAUUCAUGCUGCGUUUUGCUUACCACUUGGCCGAACCGAAAUGUAGUCUGACGCUUAAUAUGCAAGGGCGGCUAAUCACUCUGGAGAGGAAAGGGGAUUCAUUUUCUUCGGUUAUUAGAUCCCCUAGCGGAGAAGAAAAGAAGAUACCUCAAAUUGGAACAAUACUCAUUGGCUCGCUUCCAGAAAACCGCAUCUUUGUAUUCUCUAGCGAUUCUGGUGUUUUAUUCGAAACCGACAUUGGUCCUGCCACCAAAGCUACUUUAUCACUUCAAAUGUCCCACACCGUUGCGAUCAACCAUGUCAUCAUCCUGCCUAAUCCUUCCUUCACUCUGUCGCAUUUAUCCCCACUCGGCGAAGAAUUGCAAACUGCGGUGAUUCUAGAUGAUGGAAUUCUGCUGAAAGAAACUUUAUACGACGAACAGGGCCGUGCAGUUGCUGCAACUACGUCAACCCAUCUUCCAUGGUCAACGGGUGACAUGCUCCUCACCUACCGAUCGGGUUGGGUGACCGAUUUCUCCCUGCAAAGUCAAACCAUGGCGGGACAAGUGGUCGACCUCAAUCCAUCCUCUCGCGGCGUCCCCUUCACGUCAAUCAUUUUCGGAAAUACUCCUCCCGGGUUGAACGAGUGGGUCGGAGAGGGUCGACCCGGUGCAGACUUCUCAGCCAAAAGCGGUUACGCCAUUUCAUAUUCGAAGGAGGGCGAUCCCGGCGCAGAAGUCUUGUUUCCCCCCCAAACAGGAUUUUACUACAAGACCAAAGUUGAACCGGGUGGAUUCCGACAAAUCUCCGUGUUUUCAGAAAGUCUUCGAAACAUCGUUGAGGGAAACCGGGAAGUUGUUGUAGCCACGAUUACUCGAUCUCCGGGAGGGUGGACGACGCUGGUGACGAAUAAUUUCGACGAGAAGGGCCGCCUGAUCGCUACUCUGCCACCGAUGUAUCACUUCCAACAAAUGACGCUACUCAAGGGGAAAACCUGGGAGGAAAUUGGGUACGAUCGUGGGAAUGCUCCAUUUGGAAUUUUUUAUGAUUACGACGAUAAGGACAAGCUCAUUCGAAAAGUGACGCCCGAACUUGGCGUGAGCGACAACAUCUAUGACGCCAACGGAAAAGCCGCUUUCGUCAUGAGGAAAACGACCGAAGAUGACGACACUGCCGGAAAUUUGCAACGCGUCGUCUACUUCGACUACGCUGACGGUGCCAGAGUAAGCGAAUUUGGAGUACUGCAAGGCUGGAGCCCAUCCGGCAAAAAUUUCACGGGAGGGGUUAAAAAACCCUCGAAGCAGUUGAAGUAUUUGGGUUCUGUAAAUGGGGCCUUAUCAACCACAGAUUUCGUUUUCAACUAUUCUCCCCCGGAAGUUGGAGAAGCGCCCUACGUCCAAAUGAUUGAAAAUCACCUCCUCAACAAACUUCCCUCCAGCGAGACUCACCUUUCCUGGAAAUCCUCCAACGAUUCCAUACCCCUCCUGACACCCACCGUCCGAUACACUUACACACCUAAAGGGGACAAACUCCUCAAAAUUCACUACGCCACUCAAGCAACGACACUCGUCUAUUCGUAAAAUGCUCUCGGUUUCAUGGACAAAGUGUUCCU